AUGGCAGAAAAAGGGGCGUCCUUUGCUCGUGAUCGCUUGAUUCCAUUAUUUACAGAAGCAGCCUACAUGAUCAGGGGUGUCCCAUAUGAAGUUUCGGACAUGAAAAAUGAACUAAAAAAAAUUCAAGCCUUCAUUCAACACGCAGAUAGAAUGAUUGAAGCUGAAGAAGACACCAAAAAUGAAGAAAUCAAAAGAAGGUUGAGGGUGUUAAUAGAAGGAUCUUUUCACUUGGAAGAUGUCAUUGAUGAAUAUAUGAUCUAUGAGGAGCAACAACCUUGGAAUCCUGGAUGUGCAGCUGUAGCUUUUGAGCCGAUUAACUUCAUCAAAACUAUGAUCUUUCGUCUUCACAUGUCAUAUAAGAUUCGAGACAUGAACUCACAUGUUCGUGCAAUCAAAGAAAGCAGUUCAUGUGAUCAUGGCUUCAAAACCUCAGCUCAUGUAGAUCAAGCAGAGUGCAGUUCAGUAGAAAUGGAUGCAGCAGCUCAUAUUUGCGUAGAUGUAGUUAAAAUGGUGGACUGCUGCGAAGUCCCUGAAAAGGAAUUGAUUGUGGGCAGUUCAGGAGAAAGCCAAAACAAUCCAUGGCAGACGCCUAAACAAGCUUCUCUUUACAUGGAUGAAGAUGAAAUUGUGGGCUUGGAAGCCCCUACAAAAGAAUUGAUUGUGGGCAGUUCAGUAGAAAACCAAAGCAUUCCAUGGCAGACGCUUAGAAAAGCUCCUCUUUACAUGGAUGAAGAUGUAACUGUGGACUUUGAAGUUCAUGAAAUUGUGGGCAGUUCAGUAGAAAACCAAAGCAUUCCAUGGCAGACGCUUAGAAAAGCUCCUCUUUACAUGGAUGAAGAUGUAACUGUGGACUUUGAAGUUCAUGAAAUUGUGGGCAGUUCAGGAGAAAACCAAAACAAUCCAUGGAAGACGCCUAGAGAAGCUCCUCUUUACAUGGAUGAAGAUGAAAUUGUGGGCUUUGAAGCCCCUAAAAAAGAAUUGAUUGAUUUGUUGGUAAAGGGCAGGGCAGAGAGAACUGUCAUAUGUGUGGUAGGAAUGGGAGGGUUAGGAAAAACCACUCUUGCCAAAAGUGUUUUUGACAACAAGAAGGUGGUUGAGUACUUCGAUUGUGCCGCAUGGAUCACAGUGUCUCAGUCCUACACUGCAGAAGGAUUGUUGAGGGACAUGUUGCUAAGCUUUUGCAAGCGAAGCAAUGAGGCUCUUCUUAGGAAUAUUUCUACACUGGAUCGAAGUUCAUUGAUCUUUGAAUUGAGAAAUUACUUGCGUCGAAAGAGGUAUGUUGUCUUCUUUGAUUAUGUAUGGGAUCCAUGUUUUUGGGAUGUGAUUGAAUUUUCUGCACUUGAUAAUUGUCUAGGAAGUAGGAUAUUAGUCACAACUAGGAACAUGGAUGUUGCAAUGUCAUGCAAGAGAUCUUCUUUUGUUCACAUUCAUGAGUUGAAGACACUAUCUCCAAAAGAGUCUUUGAGGCUCUUCCACAAGAAGGCAUUUCAAUUUGAACCUAAUGGAUGUGGUCCACCAGAGCUCGAGGGCAUAUCGUCUGAAAUUGUUGCAAAAUGUGAGGGUAAUCCACUAGUGAUUGUGUCAGUUGCUGGUCUUUUAUCUUGCAAAGCCAAAGAUGAUUUUGAACAGUUUAGUCAAAAUCUAAGUUCAGAGCUUGAGAAGAAUUCCUUUUUCAGUUGUAUAACAAAAAUUAUCAGUUUAAGUUAUGAUGAUUUGCCUCACUAUCUCAAAUCGUGCUUUUUGUAUUUUGGAAUGUAUCCUGGCGACUAUGAAGUUGAAUCAAAUAGAAUAAUUUGGCAAUGGAUAGCUGAAGGGUUUGUAAAAUCUGAGGAGGGAAAAACUUUAGAGGAAGUUGCAGAACAUUAUUUAACUGAGUUGGUUAAUAGAAGUUUGGUGCAAGUGUCUUCUUUUGCCACUGAUGGUGAAGUUAAAGUUUGUCAUAUUCAUAACCUACUACGUGAAAUGAUCCUUAUAAAAUUUAAGGAUUUAAGAUUCUGCCAAUAUAUUGACGAUAUUGAUCAAUCUGUCUUAAGUGGUGGGAUAACUCGGCGCCUAUCAAUAGCAACCAGUUCCUAUGAUUCAAUUGGAAGUAUUGAAAGCUCACAUGUUCGUUCACUUCUUUUCUUCACCAGUGAAGAAUUACAUGAAUACUUGUUGAGGAAAAUCAUUACAAAAUAUAGGCUGUUGAAGGUGCUUGAUUUUGAAAAUGCUCGAUUGUAUUGUGUUCCUGAUAAUUUGGGAAAUUUACUCCACUUGAAGUAUUUAAGCUUCAGGAAUACACGAGUAGAAAGUCUUCCAAAAUCCAUUGGUUUGCUCCAAAACUUGGAGACCUUGGAUCUAAGGCAAACAGGUGUACAUGAGAUGCCAAAGGAGAUAAGCAAACUUCAAAAUCUACAACAUCUUUUGGCUAACAGAAUGUCCUUGAUUCUGUUGAGGGAUUGCAUUGGAGACAUGACAUCCCUACAAACUCUACAUGAAGUUAGAAUAGAUCAUGAUGGAGUGGAUUUAAUCAGAGAGUUAGGAAUGCUUUUGGAGUUGAGGAAGUUGGGCUUGACUAAUGUUGGGAAAGAACAUGGAAGCACUAUAUGUUCUUCAAUAAAUAACAUGCAUCGGUUGGAAAAACUAUAUAUUUCUACAGAAGAUGAUAAUGAUGUCAUUGAUUUGGAUUUCCAUUCAUCCCCACAUAAGCUUCAUAAGCUUCACCUACAUGGGAAGUUAAAAAAGUUUCCAGAGUGGAUUCAAGGCCUCAACAAUCUUCACUUGAUCUUGUCUAGAUCAAAGUUGACUAAUGAUUCAUUGAAGUUUCUAGAAAGAGUGCCAAAUUUGUUGAUCCUAUCUAUUGUCCAUGAAGGUUAUGAAGGCAAAAGUUUACAAUUUCGAGCUGGAGAAUUUCAAAGACUAAAGGAACUUCAACUCGAAUCUUUGCAGAGCUUAAGUUCCAUCUCUAUUGACGAAGGAGCACUGCAGUCUCUCAAAAAGCUUGGGUUGAAGAAUAUCCCCAAACUGAAGAUGGAACCUUCUGACAUUUAUCACUUAAAGAAACUUGAAGUUCUCAAUAUUCAGGAUAUGCCAAUUGAAUUUGAGCAGAACAUUGUUGCCAAUGUGCCCUUCGCAAGAAUUAUUUAG